GAGGAGGAGAAGGAGGAGGAGGAGGAAGAAGAAGAAGAAGCAGGACGGGCUAGAGUCGAGGACUUGCAUUUUAAGCACAAACAGGAGAGUGGGAAGAAGAAGGGGGAGAGUGUCAGAGUCACCGGAGAGCGAGGGAGAGAUUUCACAUUCCUCUCACGUCUUCAUCUCUCCUCUUUCUCCUCUCCUUUAGCCACAGCCACGGGAGAGGGUGAGGAGACAGAGAACGGGAGACGGGGAAGGAAGAGAGCGCAAACCAACAGCAUCCAAAGUAUUGCUCUCCUGUUUUCUUUUUUUGGUUUGUUUUAUUAUUGUUAUUAUCUCUCCCAAUGCUUCCCAGCUGCAGCACAAACCUAAGCCCGGCAUCGGACAGUGAGCAGGACGCUGCGGGACAAAACAGAACACUCCACCGGAGGAUGAAGAACUGGGAAUCCCUCUAAGCUAAUGCUGUGAAGUGGCUCUCUUCCUGGAGCCCAGACUUCACCCACCUGGUGUCAGCGAGGAUGCUGUGGGUUACCUUGCUGAGCUCCAUAGCCUUAGGAUGGACCACCCCGAUCCCAUUACUAGAGGAAUCGGAGGAGAUCGAUGAGCCGUGCUUCGAGCCCUGCUACUGCGAGGUCAAAGAGGGCAUCUUCCACGUGCACUGUGACAGCAAAGGAUUUACAAAUGUGAGCCAGAUUGCGCAGAUAUGGAGCCGGCCCUUCAAACUCAACCUGCAGAGAAACUCCAUGAGGAAGCUCUACUUUAACAGCUUUCUCCAUCUCAACAAUGCCAUAUCUAUCAAUCUUGGUAAUAACGCCUUGCAAGACAUCCACGCUGGAGCAUUCAACGGGUUAGGAAUACUCAAACGGCUUUUCCUACAUGAGAACAAACUAGAGAUUUUCCGCAAUGACACAUUCCUCGGACUACAGAGUUUAGAGUAUCUCCAGGCAGACUACAAUGUUAUCAAAAAGAUAGAAAGUGGUGCAUUCAGGCACCUACAUAAAUUGAGAGUGCUUAUAUUAAAUGACAAUCUGAUUCCUGCACUCCCCAAUUAUCUCUUCCGGUCUGUUUCACUCACACAUUUGGACCUUAGGGGGAACAGACUAAAGACGUUGCCCUAUAAGGGGACGUUGGAGUACGUUGGGCGGAGCUUGAUGGAAAUUCAACUGGAAGAGAACCCUUGGAACUGUGUGUGUGAGAUUGUUCAACUAAAGACUUGGCUGGAGAGGAUUCCUUAUACUGCUCUGGUGGGCGAAAUCACAUGUGAAUACCCAUUCCAUUUACAUGGGAAAGACUUAAGGGAAAUCAAGCGCAGUGAGCUUUGUCCUUUGCUCUCCGAUUCCGAGAUCGAGGCCAAACUGGGAAUUCCCCGCAUCCCGUUCAACAACGAGAACACGUGGCCUACCAAACCUUCCUCCAUGCUCUCUUCUUUUCACAACACAGCGUCUUCUGCAAUAAAGCCCACCAAACGACCUCGGCCCACAAGGAACCCCCCAACACCUCGUAGCAUCUACCCAGGUGUCAACCAGCCCCCAAUUGCCGGCUACCAGACAAGACCUCCAAUCCCGAUAAUUUGUCCCGCAGGAUGUAUUUGUAACCUUCACAUCAAUGACUUGGGCCUAACAGUGAACUGUAAAGAGAAAAGCUUUCACAACAUCUCUGACCUUUUGCCAAGGCCUCUCAAUGCCAAGAAAUUAUAUCUCAGUGGGAACUUAAUUCAGAAAAUCUACCGUUCUGAUUUCUGGAACUUCUCAAGUUUGGAUUUACUGCAUUUAGGCAAUAACCGGAUAGCUUAUGUGCAAGAGGGCGCUUUCAUCAACCUGCCAAACUUAAAAAGUUUAUAUCUGAAUGGCAAUGACAUUGAACGGCUCACCCCUGGGAUGUUUCGAGGACUUCAGAUGUUGAGUUAUCUCUACUUCGAGUACAAUGUUAUACGUGAGAUACAGCCCAACUCCUUCUCCCUAAUGCCCAAUCUGCAGCUGGUUUUUCUCAAUGACAAUUUGCUCCGCUCCCUCCCUGAUGACGUCUUCGCUGGCACCAACCUCGCUCGCCUCAACCUCCGCAACAAUUACUUCCUUGCCCUGCCUGUGCGUGGAGUCCUGGAGCAUCUGUCCUCAAUUGUCCAGAUUGAUCUUCAUCGGAACCCCUGGGAGUGCUCCUGCGAUAUCAUCCCCCUCAAACAAUGGUUGGAAAAGCUCUCCUCUGUCAUUGUGGUCGGAGAUGUUAUCUGCAAGACGCCAGAAUUUGCCUUUGGUAAGGAUUUGCGUUCACUAGAGGUUGAAGUCCUUUGUCCCAAACUUAAGUAUUCCUCAGGCCCUUUGCCGGCUCAGCCUGGUAGGGAUGACCUCCCCACAGGAAGUACUGGUAUGGGGGAGGCAGAUGGACGAGACGCAGUGCCACUGUCUGUCCUCAUCCUCAGCCUCCUUAUCCUCUUCAUCUCUGCUGUGUUUGUAGCAGCCGGGCUCUUCGCCUUUGUUCUUCGUCGGAGGAAGAAACUGCCCUUCAGGAAGCGGUCAGAGGUGGAUCUGACAGGGAUCCAGAUGCAGUGCCGGAUUUUUGAGGACGCACCGAGGCAGAGUAGCGCCGGCAAUACAAGCACACUGGAGAAGCCGACCUCCAGCUUGCACACACACACGCAUCCCAGUCACACACAUUCCCAUGGCCAUGUUUAUGAUUACAUCCCCCACCCUGUGACUCAGAUGUGUAACAACCCCAUCUAUAAGCCCCGGGAGGGGGAGAUAGCAGCAACAUCAGAUGAAGACAGAGGGCAGUUUUCAGUCAAGAAAGACAAUGGCAAGAGCAGUAGCAGCAACUAUAGAACCUUGUUAGAGAAAGAAAGAGAGUGGAGCCUGGCUGUCUCCAACUCUCAACUCAACACCAUCGUCGCUGUCAACCAUACCACAGCCGACUUUGCAGGGCUUCAUGAGAACGGUGGGCUCUGCCCUACAGUCAUUGACAGUCAGAGGCCCACACCUACCGUGGGUUUUGUAGAUUGCCUUUAUGGGACUGCCCCAAAACUAAAGGACAUGCACGUGGCACAUGCACACCCACCUGGCAUGCAAUACCCAGAUUUGCAACAGGAUGCUCGGCUGAAGGAGACUUUGCUUUUCACGGCAGGAAAAGGCGGCUACCCCGACCCGUCCCAAAGCGAUUACCUGGAGUUAAGGGCCAAACUUCAAACCAAGCCGGAUUACCUCGAAGUGUUGGAAAAAUCGUAUCGGUUUUAACAUUUGUAGCCCAGAUAAGAAAGGCAAGACAUAAUCAAUUUGUUAUCCUGAAUACACAACAACCCAAAUUCAAUAUUAGAAGAAAGUCAAUCUGGACAAGGCAGCAUGAUAUGAAAUAAAAUACAUUACAGUGCCGCCCAUAUCAUUAUCGAGGGAGAGGCUGUUCUCAGAUAUUUCAAUCAAGUGCCUUUUUUCAGAGUAGCCAGCAAUGUCAGCAUCUGUUAUUUUUAUAAUAUAAAUAUCUCUACUUGCUGAGAAAAGUGUAUUAGAGGAGUAAGAGGGGCACUGGGGAAUAAAAAAAACGAACAAAAAAAAAACCCCACCACAAUCCUGAAAUACAAUGAAAUCCUUUGUUUAUGGAAUUCCCAUGACGCACGGGAGCAGGACGUCUCCCUGAAUUGGAGGGUUAUUCUCUGUCUCUUCUACCCCGCACUAGGAUGUACAAA